AACAUGUGACGUGUCAGUCGAGCAGAAGCUAUGGAAGCUAAAUUGUUUACAUGAGUUGUUGACUGCCCACGACGAGUUUUCACGAGUCACAGACUGGCUGCGACUACUUUUGAGUCAUUCUAGACUGUCAGCAACUAACUUUAUUUUGAUUCUGACCGUCUGUGGCUAUUUUUCAUCCGUUGCUUACUGGCUGCAACUUGUUUUCAUAGUUUUCACUUGAAACAUACCUGUGGAAAACCCAUGAUGGAGGUUUGCUUCCCAGUCUGUCCCUUCACAAGCGGCUUAUACGUCUCGCUAUGUUCCCCGUGGGACUAUUUACGACAUCCACUGCACGUAUGCGCUUCACGCACAGAAAACUAGAUCCGUUUCGAUUUGAUUUUGAAGAAAUGAAAAAGCCUAACCCUUUUGAGGUAUAGCUGGUGUCACAAUCCCAAACUGGUCUUCAGUUGAGGCCAGCGGUAGUGCCACCCGGAAGUAACUGUUGUUUACAAACAUGAUGAAACGUCGACCAACUAAUUGGUCAGGUGACAAUGUGGGCGUGGCCUCAUUUUCACAAGUGAGCGCAGCAGACAGCACGUCUGCUGACAAGCAGGCCAACUUGCCGAGCAGCAACACUCCUGGCUCAAGCGCUUUUUUUUCUUUCCUUCCUUCCUUCCUUCCUUCCUUCCUCUCCCCAGCUCCCUAACGAGCUUCGAGCAGCCCCUUUUAUUGUGAAAAGUCUGUUCAGGGUGUCGACGUUGCUUGACGUGCGGGAACAGGAAGUGUGAGGGAGGAGGCCACACGGCAUAGUACGAGUCCAAAAAUCCCAGGGGUCCUUGAAUGCAUCAGGUGGGCCGAAACGCUUCGCGCUGCCCUCCGACGACGUCGUAUGGCUUUUUAGAAAAAUAAGCGAGUCGAUAUGAUUGUUGUUUUUCGGCAGCGACGACGAGGCUCCUCCUCGUGGCCGGCCGGCCGGCUGCUGAUUGGCUCGAAGGCACACAGGUCCAGAGGGGGCGGGGCGGGCAGCAGGUUUGUGUGCGCGCGGGAGCUGCCUCGAGCGGAGUCUUUCUGGAUGGAAGCUCGGAUGGAGGCCGUCACCGUGGCAACAGGUAACCACUAACAACCGGCGCACACAAUCGGAGCUGCUCGUUGGCACGUGACGUCCACUGUGAGUCACCUGAGGGGCAUCGGCGCGGGCGCGGGCGCGCGCCACCUCGCUUCAAGUGUUCACUUCCCGUUGCAGAUUCAGUGCAAAAAGGCUGCCGUCAAUCACAGCGACGUCUUUGUGCGAGCACGAGUCAAGAUGGCGGGCAAACAUCAUGAUGUCUUUGUCCCAGCGCCGCCCCCUGCUGUACGACCAGCUUCACUCGCAGACUCGGGGGGUCGGAGGGGGGGGGGGGUCGUGAGCGGAGAUCGGAGAGGAGCCUCGGAGCGCUCAGCCGUUAGCUUAGCACGUGCCGCGUGUGUGCCGGAUGAGCGCUCAAGUGGAAAAUGCGAGCGGAGGAAGCGAGAGCCAAUCGGCAGCCUGCGCUCCUCACAAGACCACCCCUUCCCUCCCCCCUGCACAGUGCGUGGAGGCCCUCGGGAAGACUUCCAAACACGCACGCGCACGCACACACACACACGUCAACCAGCUCACCGACGGACCUCCGAAAGUCUCCCCUGGGCUCCAUGUCGCGGAACACCGUCGCGCGCGCGCGCGCACGUCAGAUUGUAGCGCCGUCGACCUGUUGUGAUGUCGUCUCCUUGUCACACCGUCGCCUCAGGUCUCAUUGUCGUGAUAUUGUUGCGACCGUGUCACGUGGCGGCAUCUUCUCUCUCAUGAAUUUCAUGUCUUGUCAGUCUUUGCUUCCAAUUCAUGCGCCACUGUUUCGCUGUUUUGUUGUGACGUCACGGCCGCCUCCCGCGAGCCAGCAGGUGGUGCUGUUGUCCUGUUGUAGCGCUCAGAUGCUGUUUUCUUCACACGACCUUCAGCUUGCUGCGUUAUGCAAAUGAGCAUCGAGUGGGCGGCGUUAUGUAAAUGAGGAGCACGUGAAUAUUUCAUGUGAGAACAAGACACCUCACUUUCCGAUGGUUUGCAAACGCUCUUUAGCCUAGCCGAGCUUAGCUUAGCUUAGCUUAGCUUAUCUUAGCGGUAGCGUUAGCGUGGUCCAAACAGGAAGCCGCAGCGGGAACCUCAGCUGCCGGACUUGGUAGAAGAUCAGCGGAUGUCGUUCCCGCCUCCGCCAUGUUUCCGCCCUCGUUAGCUUCGCGCAUGCUAACUUUUAGGUGCCGCCAUCUUGCCACUCGCAUUCUGAUUGCGUCCAAUCCGGUCCGUGGGAUACAGAACACCCGAAACUGCUGCGGCUCUUUCCCCAGCACAGUAACUUGUUGCUAAUUGUGUCCGCUGGAGGGCGCACUGAUAAACGCGAUUCUGAAAUUGGCUGCUCCUCAGGAUUUGACGCCUGAUAUGAUGCACUUGUGAAGGUUCAAAGAUGCAAAUGCCGCGCCUACUUUGCAUUGUGAAGAAUACACUUUUGUGAAAAUGAGUACCUCCGGUAGAAAAGAGGCCGUUUUUGUUUUUUCAUGCGCCGCCGCAGCUUGUGCACGUUUUAUUUUGACGUCUUCGUUGACAGGGCGGCGGGACAGUUUGUAAGGCGCCAUCAGUCAGGGUUUCCAAAUCCGUGUGGAAAUUGCAGUCAAUGCCAAACCCUUCUCGAUAUGACGUUGCCUUUGAAAAGGGGGCCACUGAAAACACAGGUUCAUGUUGAAACUUGGCGAAUGUCAGCUUGCUCGUCGAUAAUCGGAAGUGUUGAUCUUUUCCAGAUGUACCCAUGUCAUUAUCUGCACUAAAACGGCGGUCGUUAUUUAUACUCGAGCUCAAAUUGGGGCCACGUGACCCCUGACCGGUGAAGUCAAUGUAGCUUAGCUUGCGCGAAAUAAAGCUCAGGUGAGCCGGCGCGUCCGCCGUGUUCGUCAGCGCCUUAGCUUAGCGUAGCAUGUUUACGUGCGUACGCCUCGGGGUCUUUGUUUUGUACCCGAUUGUCCCGCCUCCGUGCUGACGCUUUCACGGGGGCCGUCUCGAUGAUGUGUUGUUGUCGCCGUUCUUUCCUGUACUUGUAUUACCGUCACCCCGCCCCCCCGCCACGACGUGCUGCCGAGAAUAGCUCGCCCGCGAUUUUGAAGGACGCAUCGGCCGCACUCUUUCCCACGAGUCCUACGGCGGCUAAAAAUAGUCGUGCGCGCCGUUAUAUAAGCACUCUGUGCCUUUAUGAACGGGGGCACGGGGGGGCGUCCUCGCCGCAGCUGCCGCCGGAAACGUCGUCCUCGGCGGAGCGUGUGGGAACGAACCGACGUUUCGUUCGCAUCGCACCUUUUCCUCUCGCCGACAGACGUGAUGUUCGCCGAUGACCUCGUCUCGUCAUUUUUAGCUCAACACGAAAUGCAUCGCUCGCCAGAUUGGCACGGUGCCCCCGGCCCGCCUUGUUUUUCAAUCUGGCCCACCGAGCAUUUAAAAUGACGCUGACCUUUUAAGUUUAACGAUUGAAAAAUACAAUUUCAUUGUUGAAAUGAGACAAUUUCACAGCUUUUGGAAAAAUGUUUCACUUUCCCUCGUCAACGAAGAUGACAAGCAGUUGAUGUGCGCUGCGCUCAUUGCGCUGGUCGGCCGAGAAAAAAGGGAAUUUGGGGGGAUCUCGCACUCGAGAAUUACCACCAAUUAAAACCAAAUCAAAUAAAAAACAUCCAAACUCCAAACGAACAAAUAGAAUUUGGAAACGGAGUGGAAAAUCCCAAAGGUUUUUUAACGGCGUCGCGCUCCGUUCGCUCUCCCAAACACGGGCGCUGUUCGGGGGCCGCCGGGUCAAAGGUCACGACGACAGCAGCGGACGGGCACCUGCGCCCGUGACUCGUUGAGCGUGGAAACGCUCACCUGAAUGUUCGACGUCGUGGUGGUCCGCCGUUGCUGUGGCAACACGGGGGCUGUUUACUCUGGUGGCGAGGAAGAGGAUGAGGGGCUCUCUCGCUCUAUUUUGCUGUCCCACUUCGUUUCGCUCUCUUUCGAUCUAUAUUUAGUUCUCAAUUUCUCUCUCUCUCACUCUUUCACUCUCUCAACUUCUGUCUGCCCCUCUCUCUCUCUUUGGCUGGCUCUAUCCCUUUUUCUUUGCGUCUUUCUCUGUCUUGCUUUUCUGUUUCUCUCUCGCUCUCUUUCUUUCUCUGGAUCUCUGACUGUCUCUGUCCUUCAUUCUCACUCUGUCUUUCUCUCCUUCUGUCUCUCACUCUUUGUGCUCUAUUUUUCUGUUGCGUUCUCUCGCUCGCUCGUCAUUCUGUUCUGUUCCAGUCUCUCUCUCUUUCUCUGUCUGCUGUUCUCCCUCGCCCUCCUUUCUCUCCCUCUUUUUUUCCCUUUCCUUCGCUCUCAUCCUAUCCCCCUUUCUUGCUGGUGUCUCUCUCUCUCUCUCGAAGCGUGUCUGCAUUGCGUCGCCCCCGCCUCCCCUCUUCCUCCUCCUCCUCCUCCUCCUCCUCUCCCUCAGCACCACAGUAUGUUUCCAGUGAGGCCGCCCGGAGCCACAUAACGUGGAAGGAACUUUCUCCUCGCCGUCCUUGUCCUCGCGACGCUCGUCUGAGGGGGAACGCGAGGACGACGACGGGGCGCCGAUGCCGCAGUGCGGGCACCCGCGGGCGGCGUGCGGCUCCGUCAUCGGCUGGCGCCGGCGGGAGCGGGAAAGGGACACCCGGACGACGCGGAGGCAUGAAUAUUUCAUCCCGCGGAAAGACGAGCGCGUGCGGCCGAUCUCCCGCCCGUGACGAGACAAAGACGACGAUGGAGGCUCGGUAGGAGCCCGCCGCUCGGACCUCGCGUUUCCCGCUCGGCCCCCCCGCCCUUCCCCCCUCCCCGCACCCCGCCAGGAUGACGGUGGUGCCCGCCGACAACGUGGACGAGAGCGCCACCUCGCCGGGUCACCCGCAGGACGACGAGCGCGACGGGCACGAGUGCUGCGAGCGCGUGGUCAUCAACGUGUCGGGGCUUCGCUUCGAGACGCAGCUGAAGACCUUGGCGCACUUCCCCGACACGCUCCUGGGCGACCCCAAGAAGAGGAUGCGCUACUUCGACCCGCUGCGCAACGAGUACUUCUUCGACCGCAACCGGCCCAGCUUCGACGCCAUCCUCUACUACUACCAGUCGGGCGGCCGGCUGAGGCGGCCCGUCAACGUCCCGCUGGACGUGUUUUCCGAGGAGAUCAAGUUUUACGAGCUGGGCGCCGAGGCCGUGGAGAAGUUCCGCGAGGACGAGGGCUUCAUCCGCGAGGAGGAGCGCCCGCUGCCGGACAAGGAGUUCCAGCGGCAGAUCUGGCUCCUCUUCGAGCACCCGGAGAGCUCGGGCCCGGCGCGGGGCAUCGCCAUCGUGUCGGUGGCGGUCAUCCUCAUCUCCAUCGUCAUCUUCUGCCUGGAGACGCUGCCCGAGCUGAAGGAGGACGCGGGCGAUCGGCGGCGGGCGGCGGCGGCGGCGGCGGCGGCCGCCGGCAACGGCACGGCCGCCCGCCGCGCCGAGAUCCUGACCGACCCCUUCUUCGCGGUGGAGACCCUGUGCAUCGUCUGGUUCUCCUUCGAGCUCCUGGUCCGCUUCUUCGCGUGUCCCAGCAAGACGGCCUUCUUCCGAAACAUGAUGAACUCCAUCGACGUGGUGGCCAUCAUCCCGUACUUCAUCACGCUGGGGACCGAGCUGGCCGACGACCCGGAUGGCGGCGGCGGCGGCGGCGGCGAGCAGGCCACGUCGCUGGCCAUCCUGCGCGUCAUCCGCCUGGUGCGCGUCUUCCGCAUCUUCAAGCUGUCGCGCCACUCCAAGGGUCUGCAGAUCCUGGGCCAGACGCUGAAGGCCAGCAUGCGCGAGCUGGGCCUGCUCAUCUUCUUCCUCUUCAUCGGCGUCAUCCUCUUCUCCAGCGCCGUCUACUUCGCCGAAGCCGAGGAGGAGUCGUCGUACUUCACCAGCAUCCCCGACGCCUUUUGGUGGGCCGUGGUGUCCAUGACCACGGUGGGCUACGGCGACAUGUACCCGGUCACCGUCGGCGGCAAGAUCGUGGGCUCGCUGUGCGCCAUCGCCGGCGUGCUGACCAUCGCGCUGCCCGUGCCCGUCAUCGUGUCCAACUUCAACUACUUCUACCACCGCCAGACGGACGGCGAGGAGCAGGCGCAGCUGCUGCGGGUCAGCCGGCAGAACUUGGCGCCCGAGUGCGAGCAGGCGGAAGGCGACGAGCUGCGGACCGCCAACUGCACGGCGCCCGAGAUGCCGACGGACGUGUGAGGCGGCGACCCCGACGCGGACCUUUUUUGCUCUUUCUCGGGGAGAAGGUUCUGGACGUUCCGCGGCUGCUGUCGUCGCGGCGACGAGCGGCUCGAGGCUGCGCAGACUUUGGAUUGGAGUUUGAAAACGGACGCAUUCCAAGACAAAAAGUCACACCCCCGAAAAAGGAACAAACUAAAAGAAGUUCAAUGUGCAAAAUAUGUCGUGUCAAAUCGUCUCUUCCAAUCUUAGGCUCAUUAUCGUUUGUGAUGAAUUGGCCAUUUAACAAAAGAAAGACCUUUCAAAUGGUUGAUUUGCCAUGAGAUAAUGAUCAUCGAUCGAAAUAAUCUCAUAAACAUUCUUAUUUCUUUAUUUAGAGUUAAUGUAAAUGUAAUACAUUAAAAUACAAAAUGGUUCAAUGUUAACAUCAAAUCUAUUUCACAUAAAUCCUCGAAAUGAUCAUUUCAUGAGUCAUGAAGAAAGAAUGUCAGAGAAAAUCCUGAAUACGCAAAAUGUAUUUUGAUAAAAUUAUUCAUUCUCAUUUUCUAUUGAGAAUGAUUUGAAUUUUGAUUGAUGAGGCAAUUAUUUUGAGAAAAGAGAUGCAAAAUUGUGAAAUGUGGAAAUAAGAUUUUAUUUUUCUAGUAUUUUUGGUAAUUCACAAAGAUUUGAGAUGAAUGAAUGAGAAUAAAGAUGUAAAAUAUGACUUAUUUUGAUCAUAAAAUAAUGAGUUCAUUCUUGUUUUUGUAAUGAAUUCUCAAUUCUAAUGACCAACGAUUCAAUCGAAUAAAUCGGUUUUCCGAGCGGCGUCUACUCAGGUGACAGGUGCCGGCCAAUCGCAGCGUUCGUUCAAAAAUGGCAACGAGAUGUCACUUUUGAGGAAAGCAAAACAAGCGGAGCGUCGUCGGCAAACGCCCAGAGCCAUUUUCAACAUCAUAUGAAAAUUGAAUUCCCAGACCCAAUCGUGUCGAGUUCUGGAAAAAUCGAAAAUGGUUUCGGCCCGACGCCGCCGCACAUGUCAAAUUGUGUCCUGUGUGUGUGUGUGUGUGUGUGUUGAUCUUGACCGUAAAUCGAUUCAAAAAGGAAUUCGAUUUGAACCGAACAACUCGAGGGAACAAAUCCGCAAAUCGAAAGUGAGCUCGCUCCUCGUAUUCCCGCUGCGGCCACAAGGGGGCGGCGUGUUCCAAAGCGCUGUUCGGUGUUGACCUCACCGCGGCAGCCAUCUGUUUUGUCAUCGUGUCGCCAUCGGAGACGUUAGCCGCCGCUAGCGCCCAUGUGUAAAGAAGGCAAAGUGUUAUUUGUCAAGGUUGUUUGGCUCCCUUCUAUUUUUAGCCCCCAAACUGCUGCCGGUGUUCGGACUGGCCUGGCGCGAGGAGAAUUCUGCGGCAUUUGGGAGGAGGCGUGGCCGGCGGUCACCACGGCGACGCCGCUCCAGUGCCUUCGGUGUCACCGCGUGCCUUGUGGUCGCGGUCGCGUCUGAUGGAAGUUGUUGCACAAAGGCGCAAAUAGUCGCUGACUGGCUUUAUAUGGACUCGACUCUGUUACCAUGGUCACGGUCUUGCCGUAACAACCCACAUCCCAGAAUAGUUCCAAUAGUUGUGUUCUACAUGUACAAAGCAGCGCACACAAACACCGCUUUGUCUUUUUGGACUGAUUUUGUUGUGGCGCUUUCAAUAAACUUCUCAUCUUCCUCCUCCU